CGGCGGGGAAGAUGGCGGAUGACAAGGAUUCUCUGCCCAAGCUUAAGGACCUGGCAUUUCUCAAGAACCAGCUGGAACGCCUGCAACAGCAAGUGGAAGACGAAGUCAGCAGUGGUGUGGGCCAGGAUGGCUCACUUUUGUCCUCCCCGUUCCUCAAAGGAUUCCUGGCUGGCUAUGUGGUGGCCAAACUGAGGGCAUCGGCAGUACUGGGCUUUGCAGUUGGCACCUUCACUGGCAUCUAUGCAGCUCAGGCAUAUGCUGUGCCCAACGUGGAGAAGACACUGAGGGACUACUUUCGGUCACUGCGCAAGGGGCCUGACUAGCUCUAGAUCCUAUGGGGGAAGCAGGAUGAACAGCUGGGGCCUACAGGUGGAGGCCUUUCGAACACAGACAUACUAUCUAGCUUC